AGUUUUGCUGGGAGUUUAUUGCACGCAACUGUAGCUUCAGAUUCCGUAACGAAAAGCACCCUUGACGUCAUGGAACGGUAUUGCUAUUAUGCUGCUUGGUUCCGCUAACUUUAGCGGUUGUUGUGUGUUCGUAACAAUGUAUCUUUUCGCUGUCAUUGAGCUUAGUAUUUUGUGUACAUCAGUAGUAAAUAGGGUAUAAUUAUUUAGUAUAGAGUUUGUUUGCAACUGUUUGCAUUUGUGUUAUAUUUUGACUUGCCUGUCGGCCAUUGUUGAGCAAAGUUCUUUGACAAAGGUUGAACUACUAAACAAAUGAAACUAUUUUCACUUUGCUGCGUUUUGAGUUGCUUGUGGGUAGCUGUUGGGCAAAUAACUUGGCACCAGUUGGGCACGAGCGAGUAUUAUAUUCACAAUGGCACAACUGUUAAUAUUCAGGCAGCAGUAGUUGCCUGUGCUUCAAUGAAUGCUACACUUCCUCGAGUUAAAACGACACAAAUUCAGCAAUUUCUUGUGCAAAAAAUUAACAAUUUAUCGCUUGAUUUUUACAUCGGGUUGUUCCGGAUCAAUCCAACCCCAACCGGAUUCCAGUGGAAUGACGGAACGAAUUUGACCGCAACUGAAUCACAAUUCGGCAAUACUCUUGAUAACCUUGGCGGUAAUGAAAAUUGUGUUAAUUUAAGAUACAAGUCACAGUACAAAUGGAACGAUGUUCCUUGCACAACAACAAUGAAUUAUAUUUGUGAACGACACGCAGACAUAACCGUUAAUGGUUUUUUCGAAAAAAUUGUAUCUUCAAGUCAAAGCUACAUGCUAAUGAAUGUUGUUUACAUGAGGUGUUUUAGUACCGCUCCAUACAAAGUAGAAGCAAGCGCUCGUAUGCUGGAUGAAAGUUUACCCUAUCGUUUCAACGUCAUAACAACCGUCAUUCAACCUCAUUUCUUCAGAAUAAAGUUGGAUCGAAUCGACAUAAACGGCGGUUGGAGCCCAUCUGAAAUCAGGAUCACUUGGAAGGCUUAUUUUAACACUGUACCGGAAUUGAAAUACAUUAAAUAGUUACUAUUUUACCGACGUAGAUGCCACCACAAUGUAACACAGACUGAUAUUUCAUGAAUCUUGCUCUAGUUAAUAAUUGUGUACAUAUUGUAUAACCAUGUUUUAUCAGAGAUAGCCUAAAACGCUAUAGUAAAGUGUUCGAAAUUCGUAUAAAGGAAAAUUUGUCCAGUGCGUUGACUUAGGUUAAGAGCGCUCGCCUCUGGACCAUCGGCAAUGGAUUCGAGGCUUGAUGCAGCCAUUAUUGUAGGAGUUUGUGUUUUUGAACAAAUCGUUUAUUUUGUAUGGUAAAUUAGCAGUAUUUUCGGUAUAAAAUAGCGUGUAAGACUGCAUUAAGGAAAACCGGAUUUUUACAACUUUUAACUAUUUUGUGCAGUACAAAUAUACCAACAAAAUUGUUUGUUUAAUAGAUCCAGUUGUGAAGCUGAGAUUAAAUGUAAAACUGAAUGCU